CGCCAUGAGGCUCUACAGCCUGAGCGUCCUCUACAAGGGAGACCCCAAAGUGCAUUUACUGAAGGCCGCCUACGACGUGUCCACUUUCAACUUCUUCCAGCGCUCCAGCGUGCAAGAAUUCAUGACCUUCACGAGCCAGCUGAUCGUGGAGCGCUCGGAGCUGGGCAGCAGAGCCUCCGUCAAAGAGCAAGACUACCUCUGCCACGUGUACGUCCGGAACGACGGGCUGGCCGGCGUGGUGAUCGCAGAUAACGAGUAUCCGCAGCGGGUUUGCUUCACCUUGCUGGACAAGGUGCUGGAUGAAUUCUCCAGGCAGGUCAGCAAAGUAGACUGGCCUUCGGGAUCCCCGGCGACAAUCAGCUACGCGGCCUUGGACGGGUACCUCAGCAAAUACCAGAACCCCCGCGAUGCCGACCCGAUGACCAGAGUGCAGGCGGAGCUGGACGAGACCAAAAUCAUCCUGCACAACACCAUGGAGUCGCUGUUGGAGCGAGGGGAGAAGCUGGACGACUUGGUUUCCAAAUCGGAGGUGCUCGGGGCACAGUCCAAAGCCUUCUACAAAACUGCUCGAAAGCAGAACUCGUGCUGUGAAAUCAUGUGA